AUGACCUACACUUUCAUUACCUUUAUCAUGACCUACACUUUCAUUAUCUUUAUCAUGACCUACUCUUUCAUUACCUUUAUCAUGACCUACACUUUCAUUACCUUUAUCAUGACCUACACUUUCAUUACCUUUAUCAUGACCUACACGUUCAUUACCUUUAUCACGACCUACACUUUCAUUACCUUUAUCAUGACCUACACUUUCAUUAUCUUUAUCACGACCUACACUUUCAUUACCUUUAUCAUGACCUACACUUUCAUUACCUUUAUCAUGACCUACACUUUCAUUACCUUUAUCGUGACCUACACUUUCAUUAUUACGUUACACGGCCAGGAGGAAGGAAUUCACACGCCAACACUGUACAACGCAGAUAACCUGACGUGCACAAAUCCUAACUUUUUGAAUAUCACUGAUGCACCGAUAUGGCACAAUUAUGCCAAUACUUUGCUACAGUUUUUAACCGGAACGGGUUGGAUGGAAAAGACACCACUUUAUAUUGGAUGGUAUAUGCCCCUGAAUAUAACUAAUAAAAACAUUAAAUACAGAGAAUCUGGUUGUAAGCCAGAUGAUAGAUACCGAUGUCGAACUUUCGACAAUCCAAUCGAGGGAGAGGGUGACGAAGCAAAGAGAAAAUACAAUGAAAUAGAGUUUGAUGGGGAAGAUAAGGAUCACAAGGAGGAUUUUACAGAGGGAAAGUUAGAUUGUGAUAUCAACUGUCCAACCACAAUAGAUAAAACACUGUCUGCAGAAGAAAGGCAACAAUGUUCAAUAAAAUGUUACAAAUGUGGCGAUUCCUGUGAUGAUAUUGAUAGAUCCGUGGCUCGGUGGUUAUCGAUGUGUCUGAGGCUCGGAAUUGUUUACAACUUUGCUCUGGCAUAUGUCUUGGUCGGACUUUCUUAUUUCCUACUUUCUCUCCUAUUCAUUAUCAAAAAUAUGAUGAAACUGUUCAAGAAAUCAGCUAUCGAAAUAGUUGGGUACAAUCCGUACUCUGAACUAGUGUUCGGAGGAUGGGAUUACAACAUAGAAAACAAAGAGUCAGCCAUCCUCAAGAGCAAAAGUAUUUUAAAGAGUCUAAAAGAAGAAUUAACUUCGGACGAUCAAAAAGAGAAACUGGUUUCAACUAAAGAGAAAGUUCUUCUAGCUCUUCUGAGGAUGUUUACCAAUGUGCUUUGUUUAGCGGCCAUGGGUGGAGUGUUUUACUUGUACUAUGAUGUGUAUGAUAAGAAAGAGGCAACAAAUCCUUGUGGAUCACAGGAUGGGGAUACAAUUGAUAUCAACAAUAUCACAUCAGAGUCACUCAAUGGAAUGUGGAAAUCUUACGGGCCUGCUGUCAUCGUUUCGGCAAGUAACGUGAUAUUUCCGAUAUUUUUCGAGUUUGUCGGAAACAUGGAAAUGUAUCAGUUCCAAUCCACUCGGAUUAACAUAACGAUGGCACGGUCCUUUGUGACAAAACUAUUCAGUGUUGUAGCUUAUCUCUACAUAUUGUAUGAUACUAUCCAAAAAACACAAGAUAAGGACGCUCCGAAGGAUACAGAUUGGACCUAUAACUGCUGGGAGAACUUUAUAGGAACUGAACUUUACAGGCUGAUUAUAAUUGACUUUGCGGUGUUUGUGAUUGCCCUGUUAACGACAGAGUGGUUAAGGCGGUUAAUGGUCGAAAACAACCGUUUUAUUCGGGAAAAACUUGGUAUAACUCAGUUCAACAUAACAAAGGAAGUGUUGGACAUAUGCUACAAACAGAUGAUAUUUUGGAGCGCACUUUUCUUCAGCCCUCUGGUGUCUGUGGUGGCGUUUGUCGAGAUUGUUCUCAUGUUUUAUUUCAAGAAAAUAAGUGCACUAAGGAAUGUGAGACCCCCAGAGAAAGUCAUACUCAAUUCCUCAAGCUCCAGUAUAAUCAACAUAGUAUUCAUAAUAUCUCUACUGGUGGUGUUUGUACCUAUUGGGUUGAUAAUCUUCACCUUUAAUCCGAGUAGCGACUGUGGACCAUUCCAGGGUCACGAUAAAUUUAUAGAUCCACUCAAUACUAUCAUCGAUAAAUCAGGCUCAUUUAAAGAAAUCAUCUUGGAUAACCUAAAGAUGACAUCUGUAGUUGUGGUAAUAGUGGUGGUAACGGUGAUAGUAAUCCAUUUCUUCUACUCACUCUCCGCUGCAAGGCAGCUUACUAUACAACUCUUACGGGAGCAGAUCAAGGUGGAAAAUGCUGAUAAGAAGUUCCUGAUCGAACAGAUGAAGAAUAGCAGAAACCCUCAAUCUAGCAGUGAACUUAUAGCUGAAGAUAAAAUUGUCCACUUCAAAAUCCUCUCUCCAACACCAGUAGACAAAACCAGAGUCCAACACAACUUGGUUUGGUAUCAGUCCAAAUUUGAUCCGGAUAAGGGAAAGAACAAGAAGAAGAACUCCAACGUAGUAGGAAGCUACGCUAACCCUAACGUCAGGAAAAAAAGAUAACAGACAUUCGGACAUUCCCUGAAUAUUUUGCUAAAUAUAACCUUAAUUUCCCUGACAUUAAUUCCCAGACUAUUGAACACCUUUGGUUUUCAGGACCAAUUAAUUGAAGAAAAUAUACUUCGACAGACUUCGGUAGAAUCCGGAAGAGUUUGAAAUCGUGAAUUAAAUUUUGUAUCUGUACGGAACACGUGAAUAAAGCGUAUUUGAGGAUUUCUAUGUAAAUACAUUAGGGGUCGUUCACAUAUAUAUAACGUAAUCAGCCUAGGGGGGUUCUAUAUGAU